AUGGGCAGACCUGCCACCAGCGCAAUCGGAGCAUUCUCAUCCCCCUCUACAAGUGUUACUGCUACAUGCGGACACAAUGCGGGGCCGAGCUGCCCACCCGGAAGGAAGCAGAAGAAGAAGAGGCAGGUGGUGGCCUUCGACUUCUUUAGUACACCAUUAUAUAUCUACCUAGAGCCGUUGAUUUGGCAAACGCUUCCAGAUGGAGCCCGAUUCUCCCUUGGCUAUGCCACCAACAAAUUCCCCGUCGACCUGGCUGCCGGCGCAGACGUUUCCACCUACCAGCACUACACACAAAACCUGCCUGGAAUUACAAUCCCCGGCGGCACUGUAUUGAGACUCGUGGAUAUGCUCCCAGGAGCCUUGUCCCCGAUGCACCGUACAAUUAGUCUAGAUUACGGGGUGGUUCUGGAAGGCGAAGUCGAACUGGUGCUGGAUUCUGGCGAGACGAGACUCUUGAAGCGCGGAGAUAUUGCAAUACAACGAGGGACAAAUCACGCGUGGAGGAAUGCUAGCCAGACGGCAUCUGCGAGGAUGAUGUAUGUGCUCCAAGAAGCUGCUCCUCUCAAGGUUGGGGGGACCAAACUCGAAGAGGAUUAUGGUGGAAUACCAGGCGUCAAGCCGUCGAAGUAG